AUGAUGUCGUACCUGAAAGUAAUGAUCAUAUGGAACAUACUUUGCGUAUCCCUGGUGAUCCUUUCACUGUCCUUGAUUCAAGAAGUGUCUUCUGAAGAUUUAUCAAGCUGUACAGGGAGAUGUGGGGAAGGGUAUUCUAGAGAGCAUGACUGCCACUGUGAUUUUAACUGUCAACACUACAUGGAGUGCUGCCCUGACUUCAAGAAAGUCUGCACAGUGGCAGUCUCCUGCAGAGGACGUUGCUUUGAAGCCUUUGAAAGAGGAAGAGAGUGUGACUGUGACGCAGACUGUGAGAGAUAUGGCAAGUGCUGCCCAGACUACGCAAAACACUGUAAAGAGGCACACACAGAAAAGCCAUCACCUAAGACUCCUCCAGAAAACAAAUCAACAUCUAAAAGGUCAUCCCAAAAUGAGGAAAAGAAGCCAGAGGAAGUAACACAGCCCCAUGAAGUUAUGGAAGAUACUGGCAGUGAAUUGGAAAACAAAGUGACCAGUGCUGCUCCAACUACAAAACACCCUGACACAACCACACCAAUCAAAGCAACUACAUCGAGUCCAGAACCCAGUUCACCACCUAUUACAAGUACUGCCACAGAAGCAACAACUACCAAAGAGACCACUACAGCUCAGAAAGAUACCCCUGCGACAACAGAAGCACCAACGACCAAGGCAGACUCUCCCACCACCCCCAAACCUGAAGACACAACCCCAGAGGCCACAGAGGCACAAGUGACUGAGGCAGACUAUCCCACCACUGCUAAGGUUGAAGAUAUGACCCCUGAGGCCACAGAGGAACCAAUGACCGAAGCAGACUCUCCAACCACCACCAAAGCGGAAGAGCCAACCCCAGAGGCCACAGAGGCACCAACAACCACGGCUGACUCUCCCACCACCCCCAAACCUGAAGAUACAACCCCUGAAGUCACAGAGGAACCAAUGACUGAGGCAGACUCUCCCACCACCCCCAAAACAGAAGAGCCAACCCCAGAGGCACCAACAACCACGUCUGAUUCUCCCACCACCCCAAAACCUGAAGAAACAACCCCUGAAGUCACAGAGGAACCAAUGACUGAGGCAGACUCUCCCACCAACCCCCCAGAAGAUGAAGAGAAAACUGCUGUGCCCACAGAGGCACCAACGACCAAGGCAGACUCUCCCACCACCCCCAAACCUGAAGACACAACCCCAGAAGCACCAACGACCAAGGCAGACUCUCCCACUACCCCAAAACCAGAAGAGCCAACCACAGAGCCCACAGAGGCACCAACGACCAAGGCAGAUUCUCCCACCACCCCCAAACCUGAAGACACAACCCCUGAAGUCACAGAGGAACCAAUGACUGAGGCAGACUCUCCCACCAACCCCCCAGAAGAUGAAGAGAAAACUGCUGUGCCCACAGAGGCACCAACGACCAAGGCAGACUCUCCCACCACCCCCAAACCUGAAGACACAACCCCAGAGCCCACAGAGGCACCAACGACCAAGGCAGACUCUCCCACCACCCCCAAACCUGAAGACACAACCCCAGAGGCCACAGAGGCACCAACGACCAAGGCAGAGUCUCCCACCACCCCAAAACCUGAAGAGCCAACCCCAGAGCCCACAGAGGCACCAACGACCAAGGCAGAGUCUCCCACCACCCCCAAACCUGAAGACACAACCCCAGAGGCACCAACGACCAAGGCAGACUCUCCCACCACCCCCAAACCUGAAGACACAACUCCAGAGGCACCAACAACUAAGGCAGACUCUCCCACCACCCCCAAACCUGAAGACACAACCCCAGAGGCACCAACGACCAAGGCAGACUCUCCCACCACCCCCAAACCUGAAGACACAACCCCAGAGCCCACAGAGGCACCAACGACCAAGGCAGACUCUCCCACCACCCCCAAACCUGAAGACACAACCCCAGAGCCCACAGAGGCACCAACAACCAAGGCAGACUCUCCCACCACCCCAAAACCUGAAGACACAACCCCAGAGGCACCAACGACCAAGGCAGACUCUCCCACCACCCCCAAACCUGAAGACACAACUCCAGAGGCACCAACAACUAAGGCAGACUCUCCCACCACCCCCAAACCUGAAGACACAACCCCAGAGGCACCAACGACCAAGGCAGACUCUCCCACCACCCCCAAACCUGAAGACACAACCCCAGAGCCCACAGAGGCACCAACAACCAAGGCAGACUCUCCCACCACCCCCAAACCUGAAGACACAACCCCAGAGGCACCAACGACCAAGGCAGACUCUCCCACCACCCCCAAACCUGAAGACACAACCCCAGAGCCCACAGAGGCACCAACAACUAAGGCAAACUCUCCCACCACCCCAAAACCUGAAGACACAACCCCAGAGGCACCAACGACCAAGGCAGACUCUCCCACCACCCCCAAACCUGAAGACACAACCCCAGAGCCCACAGAGGCACCAACAACCAAGGCAGACUCUCCCACCACCCCCAAACCUGAAGACACAACCCCAGAGGCACCAACGACCAAGGCAGACUCUCCCACCACCCCCAAACCUGAAGACACAACCCCAGAGCCCACAGAGGCACCAACGACCAAGGCAGACUCUCCCACCACACCUAAAGUGGAGGAGGCAGAGGCAGACUCUCCCACCACCCCUAAGGUCAAGGGGACUACCCCUGCAGCCACUGAGGCUGACUCCACUGCCAUACAGAAAACAACACCUAUUGAAGUGACAACUACUGUCCCCAGAUUAGUAACAACUGCUAAAAAAGCCACAACCACGCAAAGCAGUAAGGCAGUCACAACACCUAGGAAGGAAACACCCAUACCUGAAGCAGACAUAAUGGUUUCAGAGACAGCAGCAGAGAAGAAAAUUACAACUCCUGCACCUAAAGUAGCAACCAGCACAACUGCAAAAGAUACUACUACAGCAGUACAAAGGAUAGUGGUGACUGCGGCUACGACUACUGAAAAAGCAACUGACAAAAAGGACAAAACAACAGCUAAAACUGUUACUACUCCGACAACUAAAAUAGAAACAACCACAGUGAUCAAAGAGAUAACGACACCCAAGAAAGACAAAACUACUGUGCUUAAAGACAUUUUAACAACAAGCGGGAAAGACACAACUACUGUAACUACAGUGAUAACAGGUAAACCAGAUGACUCUCCUAAAGGUAAGGAUGAUAUUCCAAAUACAACUCCUACAGCCAAGCAAGCUCUCACUACAGCAGCUGAACCAGAAGCAACGACUACUUUAGCAGCUAAAAAAGAAGAAAGCCCUGUGGGAAUAGCGACUGUAACAACAGCAGCUACAACUCCCAUGCCCAAGCCCGCUGUGUUGACAACAACUGCGAAAACAGAUUCAACUCCUAAACCCAGGGAGAUUGUGACAACAACUAAACAAGACACUACUACAGAAACUAAGCAGACUGUAACAGCAGCAACUAAAGAAAGCACAAGUACUGUUUGUGUUGUGGUAGAGACAACAACAGCUGGUAAAAAAGAGGUAACGACCAUCAAAGAAACUAGCAUCCUGCCUGAAAAAGAAGUGAAAGAUGAGGCCCCUAGUAUGGACAUGGGAGAGGAAACUACAGUUACCAAAGAGACAACUACAAGAGAUAAAAAAGACACGAUAGAAGAAAUGUUUAUUGUUUCUAAGGGGACAUCCAAGCCAACUAUACAUUUCCAGCAGGUUACUGAUACGAGAGAUGAGCCUCAUCCAUCCGACUCUGAAACCCUGCCAGUAAAAAAAGAGCCUGAGAUAAACAACAAGCCUUUAAUACAAACUGCGGACUUGCCAGUUUUAACUGGAGAAACACAAGAAAACAAGGACGAGAAGGACCUGUGUAGCGGGAAGCCUGCGGACGGCAUGGUGGCCCUACAGAACGGCACCCUGGCCGUCUUCCGAGGUCACUAUUACUGGCUGCUGAACGGCAGGAGCCCGCCGACGACCAACCCCCGCCGGAUCAGCGACGGCUGGGGCAUCCCGUCCCCCAUCGACGCCGUCUUCUCCAGGUGCAACUGCGAUGGCAAGACCUUCUUCAUCAAGGGUCCCCUAUACUGGCGUUUCACUAACGGUGUUAUGGAUAAAGGAUACCCCAAACCUCUUGCGAAUGGAUUUGCAGGGCUAAGUGGGAAAAUAGUAGCAACCCUCCCUGUGGCAAGAUACAACAACAGACCAGAAUCUGUUUAUUUUAUCAAAAGAGAUGGCAACAUGCAACAGUAUGUGUACAGACAAGAACCAGCCAAGAAGUGUCAAAGAAGAACCCAGGUUACUGUGAGAUACCCAGCUUAUGUCCCAAGACUUGUAAUAAGGAGACGCUUCCAACGGGCAGUAAGAAUGCCAACCGUUAUUCAGACUGUCAGAAUCAACCCAUAUCCAUCUGGAGUUUUGCGUAAGGAAAUCAAAAUGAAUGACUACUGGAGAGGGCUCCCCAAAGUUAUUCAUUCAACUAUAUCAAUACCCAACUACAGUAAGCCAGAUGGCUAUGAUUAUUACGCCUUCUCUUACAAUCGGUACUACAGUUUGGAUGUUGGCAAGAGAAUAGCAAGACCUGUUACUACUCUCACAGGAAAGACCGUAUCUAAAGACUGGUACAACUGUCCUAGCAAGUGAUGUACAGCAGAGGAUUUUA